UCGUAGACGACGGUGACACUCGUGCACUGCCGGAAGUCUACCAGGGGGGUGGGGUGGAAGAAGAGGAAUGGGGGAUUUCAGACGACGACGUCUAACGUGAUUGAGUGUGAGAGUGCGAUUGAUUUUAGGAGGAGGACGUUGGGAGAGGUGCAACCACUUGCAAGCGGAGGACAGGAAAGGGCGAAAAGAAAAGCUUCCAUCAGAGUUAUAUCACAUCGCAUACACUGUUGUGUGCGAAAUAGGUGUUGUAGCUAGAUAUGGUGAAGUGAUUAAUUGCGAGUGCGAAGGAUAUAAACUGGAAAAAAAGUUUCUAUCAACCAUGUUGACUCGGCGGGGGCAGCACUCAGUGCUGUAGUGUUGGAGUUGUGGUGGAGGAUUGGAGGAAGGUGGAAGGUGGUAGAGGAAGAGAUCAGGGUUAAGUCGGUGGUGUGAGGUCGAAGAGAAGGUAGAAGAGAGGUAGUGUGCAUGUGUUUGUGUGUGUGUGUGUGUGUGUGCGCGUUGAGUGAAGUUGUUUAAGGGGAUUGGAUGUGUACGUGAGAAAAAAGUUAUGAUGGGUUGGGAGCGCGUGGAUACGGCUGUAGUUUAGUAAGGGUUUUUUUUUUUUUUUUUUUUUUUUUUCCCCCCCUUCUCCUUCUGGUUUUGACGGAAACUUGCGUUGGAUACGUUGGAGUAGAUUCAGCAGGUAAUUGCGUGUGGUUAGGUUGCCCCUCAGCAUUUUCAGGUGCUGGUGUUGAUGCUGAUUUUCUUGUAGCGAUAUCAUGCGUCCUCGUGUCUCUUGUGACCACUAGUCGAGUUUUGGUUAAGGAGCUUUGAUAUGAAAGUAGCUCGCUAGAGGCUUAAGUUUAUGUCAGUAACUCAUGACUGACUGAGAUGUAAUCGGAGACGGACGCACUGCAAUUGCAUAUUAUCACAUCUUCUGCGUGUUUUCGUUCUACUUGAAACAGUCUGCAAUAAUGUUCAAUAAUCCACAAGGUGCCACUUGACGAAGAUGUUGCGAUGACAGGACGACCCUUUGGUAAUGCAGAGUUUUGGCGAAUAUGGAAGUCGUGGGCCGUGAAGUUAUAAGUUGAAAAUAAAAAGAUCGCAUCACAGCGCCAAAGAAUCAGCUGUUUUCAGUACUGUUGACGACCUUCAAACAAACUUCUGUGUAGUAGUUUGUCAUUCCCCUCCCCUGUACUGACGCAGUCAGUACCUUGAGUUCAGAUCUUGAGAUUUCAAAAGCCCUACAUGAUUUAUUGUGUACUCAAGCCCCCAUCUGGUUGAAACACAGUGCUGUGAAGGUAUCGUUGCGGAGGUUGCAACAUUUGAGAACCUCUCUUAAGAAGGGACAAAUUGCAUGUAGAUGCAAAGCAAUCAAUGAUUGAAGGGCUUGUGUUUCAUGAACUCAGAAGCACAAACUGAAACGCAUAGAUCCUGAUGAACUCAGUGGAACUUCGUUUUGAGUUUGACCCCAUCUACUAAGCCUGAAGCUGGGCUUCUCAGCGAUCUCGUGUCUCUACAAGCUCAGCUUUCGGUACAGAAGUUUCACUAUAUCGUGGAAACAUUCACAUGGAUUCUUCAGAGCCUUUGCGAGCGUACGCGGCCGAUACCAACCACAACUUACAGGCCGACUCCUACAACAGUUCACUGAUGGCAUCCGACUCUUAUAACUUUUUGACAGGGGUGGGGGUCCUCGAAGUCCCCCUCAAAGAACCAAGCCAAUCGCAGGCCCCUAAGACAUCUGAAGGAGCAGCUCAAAACUCUUCGGGCCCCUUGAUUGACACCCUUUAUACGAAUCAUGAGCCUUCCCCAACAUCCGGAAGCUUUCCGAGUCGCUCGACACCUGUUUCAAAGUCUAAUAACUGGGAGAAUAUAAAUGGAGGAGGAUUGUACAGUAACUCCAACAUGCAGAACAUUCUCAUUAGUGGAAGUGGGAUCAUGGCGGCUCCCACCAGCACAGCAACUGCGCAGCUACUCAUCGGUGGUUUGCAUGGUGGAUCCUUUAACGACGGCGGCCAUAGUGAUCAUGGGAGUGUGUACUAUACCCCAUCUAACAACCAGGAAGAAUCAAUGGCACAGCUGUAUUACGUGAAUGCAGCGGCAGGAUUCUCAAACGCGGGGUUUCAUUCUGAUGGCCGUCAAGCUGGACUAGUUACCACAUUACUAUAUCCUCCACAGGAAGGAGGAACUACUGCCCCACAAUCGUCCAGCGACCAAAGUCAACAACAAUUUGGCGUUCCUUUCAUAUCCCAAACUGCACUUGCACAUGGCGCAGUUAGCCAACGAGCUCUUGAAGCUUCAGGAGCAAUCCCAGGACUAUCUCUUCACGAUCACUCAGCCAGUCGAAGCGGAAACCAUCACUACAACUGGCGAAACGGAGGGAAUGAGCACUCAUUCCUACCUAUGAAUGAAGAGUUGAACCAAAACCACCAAUCGCAGUUUGACACUGAUUUGCCCCAAUAUGGUAUAACACGUGCAUGCCAAGCAGAUCUAUCACGCAUGCACCAAACAGAUCAUCUCCAAUCUGAAAUUGGUUUGCAAAUGGAUCGUUCACACGGAGUAUCUGUCACUGGACAAGGCUUGUCUCUGUCUUUAUCUUCACAUCAAUCUCACUUUCAUUCGGGGGGAGGACAACUACCCGAUUCAGAACAAAUGAAUGCAGUUGCAGCUCAAGCAGCCGCAAUAGCAAAGACCAAGGAACUGGCGUCCAGAUAUCUAACAGGGGCUAGUGCUGACCUUAGUCGUUUCCGAACCUCAUCAAGAGAUGAUGUCAUGGGCAUGGGGGCAAGAUUUUUACAAGAACACAUGGACAGUGGAGGCAGGAAGCAUCUCGCAUCAAGCAGCUACAGUGGCCCAUCAGGUACGGCCGGAUCGAGUAAUCACAUAUCAGCGUCCAAAUUUCUACGAUCUGCUCAAGCCAUCCUCAACGAAGUCUGUAGGGUAACACCACUAAAAAGACCUCCAAAGUCUGUUAGAUCAUCUGAUCAACAGCAUUGGAGCAUGGCUGGGGGAAGCUCAACAAGUGUUGAUGCCAACUUAACUUACAAUGGACGAGAGGAGCGCUCCGGAAUGCUCGCCGGCGAAGUUGAUUCCGCUAGAGAUCCAGCCUCAUUUGUUACCACAUCGUCUCUCGUAACGGUCUCUCAGGUUCCUCUUGAAUCAGAGAUGAUUCAAGGUCUUGCCGAAGCGGCUAGGUGUGAAAGUCGGGAUGAUCUAGAGCUGAAAAAGCAGAAGCUUUCUCUCAUGCUUGAUGAGGUUGAAGCCAGAUAUCGCCGAUAUUGUGACCACCUCCAGCUCGUCAUCACUGGAUUCAAUUCCCAAGCAGGACCGAACACAGCGACUCCUUACACAAUACUAGCCCUACAAGCAAUGUCCCGUCACUUCAGAUGCCUGAAGGAUGCUAUUGGAAGUCAGCUCAGAAUAGUCAAAAGAACUCUCGGAGAAGACGACAGAACAGGUCAAGGAGAAACAUCCAGACUACGUUACGUGGAUCAGCAGAUACGUCAACAGCGAGCACUCCAGCAACUUGGAAUGCUCCAACAGCAUGCAUGGAGACCGCAACGAGGUCUUCCAGAACGGGCUGUAUCCGUGUUGAGGGCCUGGUUAUUUGAGCACUUCCUUCAUCCAUAUCCGAAAGACGUGGACAAAUUGUCCCUUGCGAAGCAGACUGGACUGACAAGGAGUCAGGUCUCUAACUGGUUCAUCAACGCACGAGUUCGAUUAUGGAAGCCAAUGGUAGAGGAAAUGUACGUGGAGGAACAGAAAGAGUACUCCGAAGAUCAUUCUACAGCCUUGGCGCAGUCUGAAAGAAUGGCAAGAGACCAAGUGGAGAUUGAGAACAACACAUAUGAGCAGUAUGAGGGAGGCAGAGGGCACUCGGGUUUGCUCCAUGAGAUCAGUGCAGGUGCCCAAUCGUCCAGAUUACCGAACGGCGUGAAGAGAAACGAUGACAGAGAACAUGAUGCUGGAGCCAGCGUUUCAGAAGCUGGAGCAAUGUCAUCUGACACCAACACCGAAUUUCAUUCACAGCCACUUCCCAGAGGUCAUCACCUAGAUGUCGGUGUUGCCGGGAGUUAUAAUCCGGAAGGUCGAGAAGUCAAGAAGCCUAAAUUAAACUCUGUAUCUGAUGCCUUCAACUCUAAUUCAUCAACGGCGCUUAUUCACCCUGGAAUGAACGUUGAUACUGGUGAGAACUGCGCACAGCCCCAAAAUUUCUCUCCUGAAGAUGAAUUAGACUUGCAAGGUAAAGGCGAUACCGAUUUUGGUGCUCAUAGCCAAUCUAUGAAUCAGAUCAACCAAGACGAAAAUGGAUACACGAUCUCUCAGAGGGGAGCUACGACAGUCGAUCAGCUUGAAGCAAACGUUGCUAGCGGGACUUUCGGAUCAUAUAACAGCAACAUCGGACACAGAUAUGGGAAUGAGGACUAUGCGUCAAGAACAAUUUCAGCUGGCCUGACUACAAGUACUGGUGUAUCGCUCACCCUAGGAUUACGUCACUGUGAUGCAAACCAGCUUGGAUCUUCGAUGGUAUCUCCCACUCUCACAAAGAAUCCGUACAAUAUGGAUAUGAACGAUCAAAUGAACCAGCUUAACAGGGUGGACCAUUUUGAAGGAAGGAUUGAAGGUAUCAGCAGCAAUGGUCAAUCCUCCGCAACUAUGAGCAAUGGGCACUAUAAUCAAAUAACAGUACAUGAAAACACUAAUAAUUCCACCCAACAACUUUCACCUCAUCAUGAGUUUGUUACCAGUUGAUGGACCAGAUUCAGGGAUAUCGAAGUGCCAACCUCCAGCAUAUAGAGAUCUCUAUUUCAAGAUUGAAAGAGGUGAAAGCCAAUUGUUUCAUUAGGCUAAGCACAAGUCUUGCAUUUAUCAUAUAGCACAAUCAUCAUGUUAUGCAUCUGAAUUUUCUGAUUGUCGUAUGCCAGAUGCUUUCAAAUAUAUGCUCUGUUCUCACAUAAUCUAUGGCAGGAAAUUUAUGUA